UAUAAUUGAUAUACAUUCUACUAAUUAAUGCUGAUGAAGGUGACUUGUUCUUCCUCCUUUCCUCUGUCACUGCUCAAUUCUCAAGCUCUCUAUAUAUAGAGGCCAAUUGCACCCCUUGAUUUGCGUCAAAGCUUUCAUAGACAAUAAUUCUAAUUCAAACAAAGAUAUAUAGAGAAGGUAGAAUCAACUAGAGUUAAAGAUGGCGAAAUACUGCAUUUUGGUUCUGAGUCUGCUAGCCAUCUCGUGCUCGAUGGCCUUUGCUUACGAGCCCAGUCCCUUGCAAGAUUUCUGCGUUGCAGACCCUGCUAGCUCUGCGGCCUGCCUGGACGCCAAGCUUGUGAAAGCCGAUCACUUCUCCUUCAGCGGCCUUCAUAUUGCCGGAAACACGUCCAAUAAGUUCGGCUCAGCCGUCACCCCGAUGACCGUGGCUCAACUGCCGGGACUCAACACGCUCGGAAUCUCAAUGGUCCGCAUCGACUAUGCGCGGUGGGGAGUCAUCCCGCCACACGCGCACCCUCGCGCCACCGAGAUCUUGACGGUGCUGGAAGGCACCGUCGAAGCCGGCUUCGUCACCUCCAACCCCGACAACCGCCUCGUCUCGAAAGUGCUUAAGAAGGGCGAUGUCUUCGUCUUCCCAGUAGGACUUAUUCACUUCCAGAGAAACGUCGGAUAUGGCAGCGCCGUAGCCGUCGCCAGCCUAAGCAGCCAAAACCCAGGCCUUGUAACGGCGAGCGGGGCCGUCUUCGGAUCCAAACCGGCGGUGCCGGCCGAUAUACUGUCCAAAUCAUUCCAACUGGACAAGAGUGUUGUGGAGUACCUUCAAACCGUUUUCUAG